CUAACCGUUUAACCGCCUACCCGCCCUCCUUUUCGCGCUGACUCACCUGAGGAGAUGUCGGGAAGGAUGAGCCGCUCGUUCGACGAAAGGAAGCCAUUAGAGGCAACUAUGUCUGACCAAGAACUUGGACAACUGAGUAUUGUAGUUUUUGAGGAAAGCUACUCAUUGAGUGAGUCGCUGCCCAGCAAUGAUGCAGAAAACCCUGAGCCAGUGGAACCUGUAGGUGGCCAAUUUCCUGAAUUUCCAAUAUUCCAGGAUGGAAGUUGUAAGCAAGAAAGUCCUGAACCUGUGGAAUCUGUAACAGACCCGUUUUCUGAACCGCAGAUGGUCCAAGAUUUAAGCCCGUGGAGAAAGCGCCCUGAGCCGGUGGAACCUGCAGAAGACCCUUUUUCUCAAUUAUCUAUGCCGUGGGAUUUAAGUAUUCGGAAAGAACGCCCUGAGCCAAUGAAACCUGCAGGAGACCCUUUAGCUCGAGUACCGAUGUUGCGGGAUCGUAGCCCGUGGAGAGAGCAUUUUAAGCCUGAAGAAGAACCUUUUUCUCUAUCACCCGUGCUGGAAAAUCUAAGCCCGCAGAAUGUACACCCUAAGUCAGUGAAACCUAUGGGAGACCCUUUUCCUCUAUCACCAACAAUGAGGGAUCAAAGCACUCAGACGGAACGCCGUGUGCUAGUGAAACCUACAGAGGCCCUCUUUACUCAACCAUCGAUGCCACAGGAUCUAAGUCAGCAGAAGAAACGCCCUAAGCCACUGGGAUCUGCAGUAGACCCGACUUUUGGAUCAGCAAUGCUUCGCUUACAAAGCCUGCGAAGAGAACGCUCUAAGUCAGCUGAACCUGCAGGAAACCCUUUUUCUCGAAGGCCGAUGUUGCGGGAUCAAAGCCUGCCAAGGGAAUGCCCAAAGCCAGUUGAACCUGCCAUAAGCCCUUUUUCUCAAGGAGCGAUGAUGCGUGAUAGAAGCAACAACAUUCCAACAUCUCCCUAUGCCUGGCGUUUGGAUCACGGGAGUCUGCCAAGAAAACGCCCAAUGCCAGGUGAACCUGCCGUAGAACCUUUUUCUCAAGCCCCGAUGAUAAGUGAUAGAAGCCUGCCAAGAGAAAGCCCAAAGCCAGGUGAACCUGCCAUAGAACUUUUUUCUCAAGUCCCGAUGAGAAGAGAUAGAAGCCUGCCAAGAGAACGCCCAAUGCCAGGUGAACCUGCUGUAGAUCCUUUUUCUCAAGUCCCGAAGAUAAGAGAUAGAAGCCUGCCAAGAAAACGCCCACUGCCAGGUGAACCUGCCGUAGAACCUUUUUCUCAAGCCCCGAUGAUAAGUGAUAGAAGCCUGCCAAGAAAACGCCCACUGCCAGGUGAACCUGCCGUAGAACCUUUUUCUCAAGCCCCGAUGAUAAGUGAUAGAAGCCUGUCAAGAGAACGCCCAAUGCCACUUGAACCUGCCGUAGAACCUUUUUCUCAAGCCCCGAUGAUAAGUGAUAGAAGCCUGCCAAGAAAACGCCCAAUGCCACUUGAACCUGCCGUAGAACCUUUUUCUCAAGCCCCGAGGAUGAGUGAUAGAAGCCUGCCAAGAGAACGCCCAAAGCCAGGUGAACCUGCCAAAGGCCCUUUUUCUGAAGCUGCAAUGAUGCGUGAUCAAAGCAGUGUAAAAGGUAGCUGCAAACCAAAGGAACCGGAAGUUUUCUUCUUUCCUGCGUCGCCGGUUCCGCAAGAUGAAAGUGAGAGAGAAAACCCUGAACCAGUGGAACCUGAAGAAAACCCAUUUUCUGAAUCGCAGGAGCUGCAGGGUGAAAGGAGUGGUAUGGAAAAGCCAGAUUACAAAUCAUCACUCACUUUUCCAACUGUUGAUAAAAAUGUUGAGCAUUUGCAAAAAAGAUCCAGGAUUCUGCUGAAGCAUAUUAAUGAAAGCAGGAAGAAAGAUUACAAGAUCAUGCAGCAUAAGAGGCAAACUGUCUAUAUGAAGGGCAUCGCUAUGAUGAGCAAAAUAGAGGACAAGUUCAAUCAAUUUUACGAUCAUCAAGGCAAGUAUAUUCAAGAAAAGUUCCAGGAGUUCAAAAAGUCACUCGAGAGUUCUUGUAAUUUAGAAAAGGACAUCCAAGAUAUCUGCCAAGCAAUGGAAGAGACUCUAACUGAAUGUAUAGUCAACAUGGCAGAUCAUUCUUGCUUUGAAUUGUAAACCAGUUGAAAACGAGUUGUAACUAUUAAGUUAAAAAUAAGCAUUCAAGUCAAUCUACAGAUGAAACAAGUUACAUUUUGAAUGUCUCUCUUAGCUGAAUAUGUGGAUGACAGUGAAACUGCCUGUGGUCAUCCAGUUUUCUUUUCAUGCCCAUCAACACUUAGAAGUUACAAUACUGAACAGUUAUUAAAAAUUUUCAAACGUA